CCACAUUGCAGUCUUUCAAACACCACCAAGAGGAUGAGCAUUAAAAUAUUUCUAAUUUGUACAUUUUUCCUAACCUCAGCUCUGGCGAGAAGGGCAACGAAAAUUGGCACAUCUCGCAUUAUCAAUGGCGACAUUAUAGCGAUCGACAAAGCUCCUUAUUUGGUGCAACUUCGAAAUGAGCAGGGUGAGACGUUUUGCAGUGGCACCCUGGUCGCCAUGAACUUUGUGGUAAGUGCGGCUCAUUGUUUCUUGGAUCGUGAUUAUCACCACAUCAAGGUGGUGGCUGGAGCCAGUUCCCUCUCCGAGGAAGGUGUUUCACGCAGCAUUGCCAGGUUAACUCUGCAUCCCGAAUUCGAUGCCACAAAUCCCUUGGGCAAUAAUGUGGCGGUUUUGAAAUUAAAUUCGCCUCUUCCAAAGGGUCGCAACAUACGCAACACUUAUCUCUGCUCGGAACCUUUGCAAUCGGGAGAUUUGUUGCAAAUAUCGGGAUGGGAUGAAAUCUACGAAGAUGAUCCGGAACCAGAAAAAAAUGUCCUCAGUACCAUUCGUAUUCCAGUUUUGGCCAAGGAGUUGUGCCCAAGCAAGGGUGGAAAGAGUAAUGAUAUCCUGUGUGCCUUUGAUGGUAAUCAUGAUGUGUCCGAAAUUGAUGGAGGUGGCCCAGGGAUUUUUGCUGGCGAACUAUGUGGCAUUGUUUCACUGAACCAUGAUGAUGAGGAUGAAAUUAAACCUGCCGUUUUUACAAAUGUCAUGAAUAUCCUUGAUUUUCUUAAUGAGAGUCUGAAAGGGUAGAUGACCAACAUUACGUUAAUGAGAAUAAAAGCAUGAAAAAAUGUU